AUGGCCGCACUCUUGUCUCUACUCCGGCAUCGAACCUCCCUUGCCACUUCUAACGAGCACAAGGAUGAGGCGCGCGAUCUGGACGAGAGGAUCUUUCGAGCAAUGGCUUUUCUGCGCCCGAAGCUUCAGCUUGCAGACGUGGCAAGUGUUGACCGCGUAGGAUUGGAGCUUCUCAUUCCCGCCCACCAACGUCUCCUGCAAGAGGAGGGAGUGUUUCUGGAUUUUCCUGGUGCCAUCGAGUUGAACCGGUUGCGAGAGGCCAAGCUGGCCCGCUUCUCCCCGGACAUUCUGUACGGCAGCACACCCACCACGGUCACCCAUUCUCUAGAAGCCUUCAUUGGAGUUGUCGAUUUCGAUCGGAUCCGCCAUCGAUUGGACUUUGGGAGCAUGCUGGCGUCUCCUUCCUCAACCGCUGCCUAUCUGAUGAACUCUUCUCAAUGGGACGAUACUGCCGAAGCCUACCUGCGUGCUGCUGUAGAGCAUGGUGCAGGGCAGGGCUCAGGAGCCCUACCUAGCGCUUUCCCAACAACCACCUUCGAGGUGGUCUGGGUGGCUUCGACACUUCUGCAGUACCAGGUCGUGCUUGGGGACACGGGACAGGAGUGUUUGCAGACUAUCGGGCAAUACCUGAACCAUAUUUAUGAGCGCCAAAAUGGGGUGUUCGGGUGGGCGCCCACCCUGAUCGCUGAUGCCGACGAUACGGCACGCGGCGUCUUGACCUUGAACUUGAUCGGCUAUGCCGCACGACCAGAUCAGUUAAUCGCACAAUUCCGAAGUCAUGACCAUUUUCGAACAUAUCCCCAGGAAAGAGACCCAAGUAUCAGCACGAACUGCAAUGUUCUUGCCGCCAUGCUUCAUACAACGGAUCCAUGUCAGUAUAUCAAGUAUAUCGAGUUGACGCUCCGCUUCCUCUACCGGCAGCACAACGCAGGACAUUUCCAAGAUAAAUGGAAUAUAAGCCCUAUGUAUCCUCGAAUGCUUCUUGCCACUGUGCUUUCACGGGUGACACAACUUUGGGCUAAAGGGCCCCUCGCCCCUUUGGCACUCGAUUGCGUGCAAACGGCUUUUGUUGUCCUCAGCAAUCUGCUGCAGAAGACACUUAUGGAGCAAGAUCAGGUAACAGGAUCCUGGAAUAAGUCCACCGAGGUCACCGCGUAUUCUGUUCUUACAUUGGCCGCUGCCUCCAACACCCCCGUCGGAGCUGUGGUCGGGGAGAAGCUUCGCACCAGCAUCAUUUAUGGACGCGCAUUUCUCGAAGCCAACUUUCAACUAUGGGGCCAUGACCGGCCUCUCUGGAUUGAGAAAGUAUUGUACAGCUCCCCCAUACUCUCGAGUGGGUUCUGUACUGCCGCGCUACUCACCCCGACCUUUACCAUGCAGGUGGCGAGCAGCGAGGAUGGGGUAGCAACGAGUGUACCAAGUGAUAGCCUACUCCACUUCCGAAAGUUCUAUUCCCGUCUGCCCCUUCUUAGUGACGAACCGCAGUGGCGGCUCACAUCCUCUUUGUACGAGGCGGGAUUGUGGUAUCAUCGCUUGGCCGAUCAGCGUCACGAAAUCUUCCCUCGCGAUAACAUGGCGCCGGACAAAUACCUGCAAUAUAUUCCACAAACCUGGACGCUCUGCAACGCACGCAACAGCAAUGCGCUGGAGCCAGACCUAAUGUGGAACAUGAUGAUUAUCUCCAUGCUCAACUAUCAAGUGGAUGAGUUCCUUGAGUCGGUUGUAGGGGCCUAUACUGCGGAAGAGGUCAAUGUUGUACGAAACAUUAUCCAUAGAUUGUGUCACGACGAGCAGCACCACCGAGAAUCGCCCCUUCCGACUCUUCUGGGAGAAGACCCAGGCUCAGACGAUGAAAACAGUGAUAUACACCCACGGCGCUCCGAGCCCACCCCUCCGGAUUCUCCCAAAGCCGGCAACGCGAACCACACCCUCGCUCACACUGGCCACAUUCUGUACAAAUUCACUCGCUACAUACUCUCACAUCCGGCUGUUGCUCACAGCCCUGUGAAUACACGUCGCCUCCUUGCCCGCGAACUCGAGAUCUUUCUGCAAGCUCAUCUGACCGAUCUGGUGACGAGCCAGCAACUGCAUCAAUCUCUUCCCCAUCUCCACCUACAAGACCAGCUCGCCAAGCCACCAUCUUCCUACUUCACCUGGGUCCGUACCACCUCCGCUGAUCACACCAGUUGUCCAUAUUCCUUUCACUUUUUUGCUGCCCUCAUUGCCUACUACCACCGCCCCCCAGAUACAAGCGCUCCUCAAUUUGCCUUCUACGGGCCCCGCCAACGCUACCUAGCAGAAUCUCUCUGUCGCCACCUUGCCACCAUGUGCCGCCAAUACAACGACUAUGGCAGCAUUUCUAGGGACAUGGUGGAAAGGAACCUCAACAGCGUCAACUUUCCUGAGUUCUGGGAGCAGGUUGGGGAUGGAAAGAUAGCCGGUACCCAUAAUGACGGCGGCGACCACGGCAAACCGACUGACAAGUCUCUAGAUGCGGUCAAAGCAGAUCUAAUCUGGCUCGCCGAGUACGAAAGGGCCUGCUGUAUGAGUGCCCUGGACCGUCUAGUGAAUGAGACUGGGUUACCGACACGCACGGCUCGGAUCUUGCAGACCUUUGUCGAUGUGACCGAUCUUUAUGGGCAAAUCUACGUGGCACGAGAUAUUGCAAGCCGAGUGCGAUAA